AAUCUCAGCAUCCACAAAAAAGCGCCUCCUCAGUCCUCUCAACUUCAACGCAACAAUGGCAUCCAUCUCCGUAGCCAACACCGUCUUCCUGCCUCAGAAGCCGCCGGUUUCCGCCAGGCUCGGCGCGCUUCCGAAGCAGGCGUCUCUGUUCGGCGUCAGGAUCGGCGGUAGGGUGAGGUGUAUGGCGACCUACAAAGUGAAGCUAAUCACUCCGGAGGGAGAGAAAACAGUCGAUUGCCCUAGCGAUACGUACAUCCUCGACGCGGCGGAGGAAGCAGGAAUCGACUUACCGUACUCGUGCCGCGCCGGCGCGUGCUCCUCGUGCGCCGGUAAGGUCGUGAGCGGUAGCGUGGAUCAGUCGGAGCAGAGCUUCCUCGACGACGACCAGGUAGACGCAGGCUUCCUGCUCACGUGCAUAUCGUUUCCUACUUCCGAUGUCGUCGUCCAGACGCACGCCGAGGAUGACCUCGCUGGUUAAUUCAUUUAUGCAAUCCGUUUUCAUUUUCAGUUCCUUCUGAUUCUUCGAUUUAGCAAUAAGACUUUUGAAAUCAAAUCUGUUGUUUGCUUCAAGUCUCGAGAAGAAGAACUACUGUCACUUUUGAGUUCUGUGGAUUGCAAUUUUAAACUCAAAUGAAAUUAUUCACCUUUUGUAGAA